GUUGAGGAGUUUCGUGCUUUGUGCCACUGAAGUUUAUACGCAAUCAUUCAUAUCGUUUUUAUCUAAUGAUUCCUAAGACUAGUUUAUUUAUAGCAUAGUUUAUUUAUGGACCGGAAGGAGGACGCAAAUUGUUUUCAAGAAAAAAAAAACACAGACAGGGGAUCAUUUGGGUACUCGGUGUAUUUUAUUGCUUUCUAAAUCGAAUGUGCCUAAAUGAAAAACUCCAUGUUCCUUCUAUAUUUUCUUUUUGCUGGGGAGAGGCGGAGCUUAGUCUGCCUUUUAUCUAGCUGUCAGUGCAGGCCAGUGUUGCCAACUUAGUGACUUUUCAGAUCCCUUUAGCGACUUUUAUUUAUUUAUUUAUUUAUUAUUUUUAUUUUUUUUAAAAAGGGACCUAAGGACAAAUUUAACGUCUUUUUGGACAAACCUUAGCGACUUUCCAAAUGUCGCCAGUACUGUCCUACAAGCUCAAGGUCUUGCUUUCCCGCUGCACUCACACCUCUCUGCGUCUGCUCUGUUCAAUGAGUGACUGAGAACCGGAGCAACACGUCCCGGUGAUCACACGCAGCUGGCACAGACGUGAAUGUAAAAAGAAGCAAGCGCAGGUGUCCCACUGAUUUGAUUUAACAAUGUCAUGGAUAAUGAGAUGUGCCCUUCGUCCCAAUUUACAUCCUUCUUAUGUGAAAGUUUUUAGAACGCAAGACGAAUGUAAUGCAACAUGUUUUACAUGUAAAACAGUACAUGUUAUUACAACCUAGUUCUCUUGUUCAAAGCAGUUAUAGUGUUCAGAAACCUUUUUGGUCAUUCAUGAUCCAUACCUGUCCAUUAUAUAGUUUUAUAAAAGUUAUAAAAUAAAUCAUAAUGAAAAGUAAUUUUAAAAAAGUACAAGAACACAAAAGCAAAAUAUCUUUAUAUCAAAACAGAUUAUAGAUAGAUUUUAUGUAGAAUAGAUAUACCUUGUCUCCUCCAAUAUGGGGGGGUGGGGGGCUUCAGUUACAAAAGGUUGAGAACCUCUGAUUUAUAGCAAAUAUUUUUUUGUUUGUUUGUUUUACUAUACGUGGUUAAGAUUGCCAAAGGCUGAGUUGAGGGAGAAGUUGUUGAUUGCUUUUGCCAUGUGUUGUAGAAGUGACAUGAAAUUGUUAGGGUGGAUUCCUAAAAUUGAAAUGGAACUAAAUUGAUAUGCGUGACCACACGAUCUGUAGAACCAUCUAUCUUUCAGUAUUGCAUAAAACACUACUAAAUCCACACGUUCAGUUCCCAAACAUUAUAAAGGUUAGGUUUUUAGGACUAUUUAGGAAGUACUGUGUCUAGAGCCAUGUUUUAAAGAUGUUCCUUAAAAAGAUUAUCUGCACCACUACACAUUCCUGAUUAAAUUGAAGAAACGGUAAGUAAAUCUGACUGUUCACUUUUAAAGAAGUUAAAUAUUUGGUGUAAAAUUGUAACAAUAAAGCUGAACAUUUUUCAGAUUCUUUUUAGCUGUGAGUGUUAGUUAAUAGCACUCUGGUUAUUUUACAGAAAUGCUCAUAGGAUUGGACAGGAGCUUGAAGGCUAACAGCAAGGAACUGUGCACACUGGGAACUCAGAUCUUUCCAAACUCCAUAUUGGUGGUAAAGAAUUGACCAGGAAAAAUAAAGAAAUCUGUUAACAGGCCAUCGAUGCUCGUGUGGUGAAGGAUAUGACAACAGGGAAAUCAAAGGGGUAUGGAUUUGUGUCCUUCUAUAACAAACUGGAUGCGGAGAAUGCCAUAGUACACAUGGGCGGCCAGUGGUUAGGAGGACGGCAGAUUCGGACCAACUGGGCCACUAGGAAGCCCCCAGCCCCUAAGAAUACUCAAGAUGCCAGCCCAAAGCAGCUGAGAUAUGAAGAUGUUGUGAACCAGUCAAGUCCUCAGAACUGCACUGUAUACUGUGGUGGCAUUCAAUCAGGCCUCUCGGACCACCUCAUGCGACAGACGUUUUCACCUUUUGGGCAAAUAAUGGAAAUCAGAGUUUUCCCAGAAAAAGGCUAUUCUUUUAUCAGGUUCUCUUCCCAUGAAAGUGCUGCCCAUGCCAUUGUGUCAGUGAAUGGAACAACCAUUGAAGGCCAUAUUGUUAAGUGCUACUGGGGCAAAGAGUCACCUGAUAUGGCAAAAACUGUCCAGCCUGUAACAGAACAAGUUGGUUAUUUCCAGCAGGUGGAUUAUGGACAGUGGGGCCACUGGAAUCAGGUGUAUGGAAAUCCUCAGCAGUACGGCCAGUACAUGACAAAUGGAUGGCAAGUACCUUCCUAUGGAAUGUAUGGACAGACAUGGAAUCAGCAGGGAUUUGGAGUGGAACAAUCACAGUCCCCUGCCUGGGUAGGAGGGUUUGGGACUCAGCCCUCUCAGGCACAGCCUGGCCCUGUGAUGAACCAGGCUAACUUUGGCAUGGCUGGAUACCAGACACAGUGAUUUGUUCAUCACUGUCCAACAUCUGAGUCACUUUGUGGGAGCCCUCUUCCUUGCAUGAGGAGGGAAUAAAGAGACUAAUAGAAGUCAUUGACUCUUUCCCGAAAAACAUUCAGAACUGACCUGAAUCAGGGUUUAAGUGCAAAGAAGUGAAUUUUGAUUAUAGAACACCUUCAGCAGGAAACUGAAUUUAUUUGCGAAAUUUAUUUUCAUUGUUUUAAUGGAGUCGGAUAUAAUAAACUGUACGUUUUCCCCUCCAUCUGUAUUCAACAAUAUAUUUGCUUAUUGCCAAUUACAGGAAGUGCACAGGUACAUUGUAAAAUGCUGUACAUGAUCUAAACAAUGCAUUUAAAACUUUCAUUUCUCCCCUUCCAAAUAGCUGACGUGUUUGCUUGUUAGUCACAUAAUGGACUUCAAAUUUUGUACCUAAAGAAGCAAAACAAGCGUUCUGACACAGUAAACACAUGUAAGUAAAGGCACUUUUUGGGGUUCAUUGGACCGGUGUCUUGUAAAUGUUGAAGUGUAAAUGAAUUUCUAUGUGCAGUUGUGUAUAUUUAAUUCACAUUGGCUCCUCAUUUCUCUCAGAAUUCUAGAGUUUGAUACAGCGUGUUAUCUUUUUACUAUGUUUUACCGACAGUGAAAUCUCGUUCACUUUAAAGAAAGGGUCACUCUGUCUGAUUAUGUAAAUAACCUUUGAUAACUGGGUGUGGAAAAGGGUUUUCAGCGCAUCCCAUCUUUAUGUCUGGAUAGAGCAGAAACUCCACUGCUCUUGACAGACACAUGAUUGCGUGGCUGACAUGCUGAAUUCACUCAGUGUUAUAAAGAAGCCUUAAUUUUCAGUCGCACAGUUUUCCGUUUUACUGAUCUGAGACCCUUGUAGAGAGCUGCAUUGUUGAUUUUAGACCCUACAGUAGAUUUGCUCCAUUAGCAGUUUUGACAAAUAUGCGUGCCAUUUUCUCUAGUAGCCAGACAAAUGAGAUUUGGGGAUUUUUUUUGGGUGGGGUUGGGGGGAUUUUGUAGAUUUGAAAUGCAUGUUUCAAAUCACAUUUCUUGAGGUUGCUUCUGGAACCGAAUGUAAUAGGUAAAAUGUUUGAAUGCCAUCUAGCAUUUGAUAAUUUUAAGUCUAAAUGAAUCUCAAUAAAUGAACCAUUGGACUAGGAA